AUGACCGGCCCGCUGGCGGCCAGGAGUGCUACAAGUGUGGUCGAGUUGGUCACAUUGCUAGGAACUGCCCUCAAGGUGGCAGUUAUGGAGGUGGCUUUGGUGGAGGUGGCUAUGGGGGUCGCCAGCAGACCUGCUACUCCUGUGGUGGUUUCGGCCAUAUGGCCCGUGACUGCACUCAUGGUCAGAAGUGCUACAACUGCGGAGAGGUCGGCCACGUUUCGCGCGACUGUCCGACAGAGGCCAAGGGCGAGCGGGUUUGCUACAACUGCAAGCAACCUGGUCACAUCCAGAGUGCCUGCCCCAACAACUAGUUGA